UUGGUUAUUCGUUCUGACCAAUCAAUUCACUCGUGUAGCAACGCUGCUGCGGACUGUCUACAGCGGAGAGGGACGAGGAAACCAAACAUAUUAGUCUAUAAAAUAAACAACGAGUGAUUUGUCCAAUUUUAUACCCAAGGAGGUGCUUCAGCGCAAACCAAGAACGAUGACUGGCUCGAACGAGUACAAACUGAACCAGGGCCCAGAGGACAGUAUCUCUGCUGUUAAGUUCAGCCCCAGUACAGGCCAGUUCCUUCUAGUGUCCUCUUGGGACUGUACUGUCCGGCUCUACGAUGUGGGAGGCAACUCCAUGAGGAUCAAGUAUUCACACCUGGCACCUGUGCUGGAUUGUGCUUUCUAUGACCCUACACAUGCUUGGAGCGGAGGCUUGGACACGCAGUUGAAAACCCACGACUUGAAUACAGAUCAAGAUACAAUAGUUGGGACACACGACGCCCCCAUUCGCUGUGUGGAAUACUGUCCAGAGGUCAACGUCACGGUAACGGGUAGCUGGGACAGGUCAGUCAGGCUGUGGGAUCCUAGAACCCCCUGCAACGCUGGCACCUUCACACAACCUGAAAAGGUGUACACCCUCUCUGUGGCUGGUGACCGUCUGAUAGUGGGGACAGCAGGGAGAAGGGUGUUGGUCUGGGACCUGAGGAAUAUGGGUUAUGUCCAGCAGAGGAGAGAGUCCAGUCUGAAAUACCAGACACGAGCCAUCAGGGCCUUCCCUAACAAACAGGGCUAUGUCCUGAGCUCCAUAGAAGGACGUGUUGCUGUGGAGUACCUGGACCCCAGCCAAGAGGUGCAGAAGAAGAAGUAUGCCUUCAAGUGCCACCGUCUGAAGGAGAACGGGAUAGAACAGGUCUAUCCCGUCAACGCCAUCUCCUUCCACAGUGUUCACAACACCUUCGCCACAGGUGGUUCAGACGGCUUCGUGAACAUCUGGGAUCCUUUCAACAAAAAGCGUCUGUGUCAGUUUCAUCGUUACCCCACGUCGAUCGCCUCCCUGGCCUUCAGUAACGACGGCUCUACGCUGGCCAUCGCCUCCUCCUACAUGCAAGAGCAGGGAGACAUCGGCCACCCUGAGGACACCAUCUUCAUCCGCCAGGUCACAGACGCAGAGACUAAGCCCAAGUGAGUCAGUCAGUCUUCUGUCUGAUUCACACAAUAGGGCCCCCCCCCCCGAUCUGAUUCUGAACCUUGCUGUCUCGGGUAGUUUCUUUUCACGUUGUCUCCUUUCAGCGCUGUUAGCUACAGCAACCAUGAUACAGGAUCUACUGCAUGGUGGAUCCAGCCCAGUACAGCUCGGCUCGGUUUGGCCCUAUAUAGUGUGAAGCAGACUCUCCAGUCCACAUCCCGGUGGUCUUGUCUGGACUGCACUGCCACAAUGUCGCUCACACUUUUUUUGGUACAUAUGAAUGGCAGCAUUGACAAGGAGCAGGCAGCUGGUAUUUAUCUGGCCAUCUAGCUCUCUUUCUCUAGCUCUCUCUCCACCUUUUACAAUAUCCCAUAGUUGACAGACCGAUGAGGACUUGACAAAAUGGCUGCCUCCUGAUCUGUUCUCUAGCUCUCUCUCCACCUUUUUCAAUAUCCCAUAGUUGACAGACCGAUGAGGACUUGACAAAAUGGCUGCCUCCUGAUCUGUUUAUGUAUCUGGGUGUGGAUCCAGGAGAGUCCUGAAGGCCGCUGAAUGGCUCCGUCUAUACAAUACAAAACAACCUUCGCUGACCUUUAUUCAGUUCAGCGAAGGUUGCCUAUAUUUUUAGGAUGACAUUUUUUUUUUACUGUGCCAAUCUAUUUGUACUUUAAAAAUUAAAUGUGUGCUUUAUUAACAAAUGUAAAAGGACUACACUCUUGUCUUCAGUUGUAUCUAGCCCACCGCCCCUCUCAUAAUCUGGUGAAAUUAGGUUGUUGUAUCUAGCCCCCACCCCUCUAGUAAUCUGGUGAAAUUAGGUUGUUGUAUCUAGCCCCCACCCCUCUAGUAAUCUGGUGAAAUUAGGUUGUUGUAUCUAGCCCCCACCCCUCUAGUAAUCUGGUGAAAUUAGGUUGUUGUAUCUAGCCCCCACCCCUCUAGUAAUCUGGUGAAAUUAGGUUGUUGUAUCUAGCCCCCACCCCUCUAGUAAUCUGGUGAAAUUAGGUUGUUGUAUCUAGCCCCCACCCCUCUAGUAAUCUGGUGAAAUUAGGUUGUUGUAUCUAGCCCCCACCCCUCUAGUAAUCUGGUGAAAUUAGGUUGUUGUAUCUAGCCCCCACCCCUCUAGUAAUCUGGUGAAAUUAGGUUGUUGUAUCUAGCCCCCACCCCUCUAGUAAUCUGGUGAAAUUAGGUUGUUGUAUCUAGCCCCCACCCCUCUAGUAAUCUGGUGAAAUUAGGUUGUUGCAGCACUCUUCUCAGACCAAUUGAAAAGGAAUACGUUUUUUCUGUAACGACAUGACUAUUGAUUUGUCUAAAGAGUCGGAUAAAGACUAAAGACAAAAUCCAAUUUGUUGCGGUAAUGCAUUU